AUGGGAACGCGGGACAUACAGCCUGAUGCAUCCGAGCUAAAUCCUAUCCCGGAGCAGCGGGCUGUGUUGUCUUCAGGACCGGACAGCCGAGCAUCUCCUUUCUCUCCAAAUUGCCUUGAAGGCGAAAGAGCGGGAUCCAGGUCGCUGCGUAGCUUUGGGGGUUUGACAGAUGAAAAAGUGAAGGCCUAUCUUUCUCUUCACCCCCAGGUACUGGAUGAAUUUGUGUUAGAGAGCGUUGGUGCUGAAACAGUGGAAAAAUGGCUUCAAAGGAAACAAAAUAAAGAGGAAGAUAUUUCAGUUCCUAAGCAUGUAAGCAGGUACCAAAAUCCCGAUAUGGAAGGAAUGGUGUACGACCUGAACAGCCAUUUAGAGAAACGGAUGGAUAUAACAGGGAACAAUCAACUGCUCUUGUAUGAAUUGAGCACCAUCAUUCAAAUAGCUACAAAGGCUGAUGGAUUUGCACUGUAUUUCCUGGGAGAAUGCAAUAAUAGUCUUUGCAUGUUCACACCACCAAGAGUGAAGGAUGGACAACCAGUACUUGUUCCUGUAGGACCAGUUAAAUACGGCACCACAAUAUCUGCUCAUGUAGCCAAAUCUAAGAAAACACUGUUAAUAGAAGAUAUUUUGGGGGAUGAACGGUUUCCCAAAGGAACUGGGCUGGAAUCAGGGACUCGUAUCAAGUCUGUACUUUGUUUGCCAAUUGUGACCGUACUUGGAGAUCUAAUUGGUAUCCUGGAGCUUUAUCGAAAAUGGGGUAAUGAAACUUUCCAUCUCAGUCACCAAGAGGUUGCAGUAGCAAACCUUUCGUGGGUCUCAAUAGCAAUGCAUCAAGUAGAGGUAUCCAGGGGUUUGGCCAAACAGACUGAACUGAAUGACUUCCUGCUUGAUGUAUCAAAAACCUACUUUGAUAACAUAGUUGCAAUAGAUUCUCUACUUGAAAAUAUAAUGAUAUAUGCAAAAAACCUGGUGAAUGCAGAUCGCUGUGCACUCUUCCAGGUAGAUCAGAAGAACAAUGAGUUGUAUUCAGACUUGUUUGAUAUUGGAGAAGUACAUGAAGGGAAGCCUGUCUUCAGGAAGACCAAAGAAAUAAGAUUUUCCAUUGAAAAAGGAAUAGCUGGUCAGGUAGCAAGAACUGGUGAAGUCCUCAACAUACCUGAUGCCUAUGCAGAUCCACGUUUUAACAGGGAGGUAGAUCUCUACACAGGCUAUACAACAAGGAACAUUUUAUGCAUGCCUAUUGUGAGUCGAGGAAGUGUCAUAGGUGUUGUGCAGAUGGUGAACAAACUAACUGGAAGUGCCUUUUCUAAAACCGAUGAGAACAAUUUUAAAAUGUUUGCGGUCUUUUGUGCUUUGGCAUUACACUGUGCUAAUAUGUAUCACAGAAUUCACCAUUCAGAAUGUAUAUAUCGGGUAACAAUGGAGAAGCUUUCAUAUCACAGUGUUUGUACAGCAGAAGAGUGGAAAAAUCUAAUGGAUUGUAAACUGCCAUCACAACUCUGCAGAGAGAUUGAACUAUUCCAUUUUGACAUUAGUCCUUAUGAAGAGUUUUGGCCAGCAAUUUUUAUCUAUAUGAUUCAUCAAAGUUGUGGAGCAGGCUGUUUUGAUAUGGAAAAACUAUGUCGUUUCACGAUGUCUGUAAAGAAGAACUACCGUCGAGUGCCCUAUCACAACUGGAAACACGCCAUCACAGUUGCACAUUGCAUGUAUGUUAUUCUUCAGCACAACCACAGGACUUUCACAGACUUAGAACGAAAGGGUCUUCUCGUUGCCUGUUUAUGCCAUGACUUGGAUCACAGGGGUUAUAGCAACAGCUAUCUUCAGAAAUUUGAUCAUCCAUUGGCAGCACUUUAUUCCACUUCAACCAUGGAACAGCAUCAUUUUUCUCAGACAGUGUCUAUACUGCAGGGUGAUGAAAUGAAGAAGUUAGGUAUUCAACCUAUACCUAUGAUGGACAGAGAGAAAAAAGAUGAAGUUCCUCAGGGUCAGAUUGGGUUCUAUAAUGCUGUAGCUUUGCCCUGCUAUAGUACACUUGCACAGAUCCUCCCUCCCACAUCACCACUCCAUCGAGCCUGCAGGGAAAAUCUCAAACAAUGGGAAAAGGUGAUACGAGGGGAAGAAGCUUAUGGAUGGAUACCCUCCCAAACUACUAAUUCUGACUCAGACACUUUCCCUGUGAAGAUUGUUGACUGAUCCACAUUUAAGGCUUUUUAUUCCACAAUUUCUAGCCUUUUAAAAGGAUAAACUCUGCAAAUACAAAGUGGGAAGACUGAGUGCAAAUUUCUUUUCCUCGGUGAUACAAUGUGAACACAAGAUCCAACUAUUCAAGCAAAAGUCGGCUUGUAAAUAUAAAAGACUGGCUUUUUAAUAGGCUAUUUUGCUGAGGCCUUAAUUUCAAAAUGAUUGGGCUGGGAAGGCUAACCUAGGCUUGGUUUUAAAUUGUGUCUUUGUGGUAAGGAGGUUUCACUGGCACUUUUGCAUACUAUUACACAAUACUGUGAUUGGCUUAAAUACCAGGUUCACCUGGGGAACUCUAGACUGUAAUAGGACAUUUCCACACUGAUAUGGUAAAUGUUUUUGUUUGAGCUUUGAACUCCAGAAGAAAAUCUCUGGGGCAGAAACUAUCACUGAGUUUACAGUACUUGAAUUUAUCUUGCUUCAAAUGGGAGGUUUAAUUUCCAGAUACUAGUCUCCUAAAGCAUCAUGAAGCAACUACUUUAUUGCACCCAUUAGACAUUGGGAAAAAUAUAUCAGUGUUUCUUUAGUGAUUUUGUAAUUUAGGGGAAAUGUCCAUUUCUACCCUGGAAACAGAAUAUUUACCUCUGGUUGUAAGUAUCACAUUAGGUACCUGAAAACCCAUCGUUUCAACCCUAGUAAGAGUAAUGGGUUGAAUUUCAAAUGUAGUAGUGUAAAUCUGUCAGGAAAAGCUAGUCAUUGUGUAAACAAAUAUUACAGAUGGAUGCCUUCAAAUCCCAGCUAGUUCACAAAAAAUAGGACCUUCCGGACAUAGUUAUAAUCUUCAGAAAUCAUAAUGGUACUUACAUAUUCUUAGUAGCUUCUGUGUUGCUCAUUAGCACCAGUUGGGCUCUGUUCUACCUUUCACUUUAAAUCUCCAUUUACUCAAAAACCUUUAAAACAAAUUGUCUAGUCUUGUAACCUGUUGCCUGUGGAACAAGAAAGCAGAUACGUUAAACCAUUGCUCUUACAUACUGUGAAGUCUGUGUUGAUAUUGGCCCCAAUUCUGCACAAAAUUUCAUUAUGUGAUAUAUUUCCAUAUGCGUUAGGCUGUAUACACACCUUGAAAAUGUGAAGUAGAGAGAAAGAAAUUGAAAAAAAAAAGUGUUAUAAACCUUAGAUGAGCAACAGCAUCUCUGAUACUAAUUAGAAUAGUUCCUUUUCAAGUUUCCUUGGGAACUUGAAACAGGUUGUGGCUGCAUUAAGGUUAAGAAAUUGGUUCCUUAAAUGGGCAAUGCCUUUUUUUCUCCCAGGCUCACACAAAACCUUGAAAAAAGUUAUUUUAAUGGAUAGCAGAGAGGAGCUGGCUUCCUAGGAGGCCCCAAAAAACUUCUUCCAAAUUAGGUUUGAAGCAUGUACAGUCCUAAUGUCUAUACCUCUUUGCAGAACUAUAUUUGCAAAUAUGUUAACCUUAAUCUAGUUGUAGACAAUGUAACAAUAAGCCAUGAGGUUUAAUCCUAGCACCACUGACCUCAGUGUGAACACCUCUAUUGACUUGAAUGGAAAUCUCUCCCUCUUUAUCUCUUUCUCUGCCUUUCUUUGUUUCUCUCUAUCUCGGUAGGAGCGUCUUCCUGCUGAAGUAGGCUUCAUUCGUAUACUUGAUAUAGCAUUUAAAUGGGCCUAUCGUAUAGGCCUUCUUGGCAAAAUCUUACAUACAAUACAUACACAACACAUCACCAUUGUAUUCCCCGUUCCAACAUUCUAUUCAAAUGCAGAUAUUUACUGGAUCGAUAAGCUUUCAGGCACCAUGUGACAAUGGUCAGAAGAUAACUAUCAAAUGCUGAAAGAAUCAAAUGAAAUGGAAAGCAAAUAUUGUAUUUUUCGGAAUAUAAGAUGCACCUUCCC